AUGACUGGAGAUGCAAAAUGGCAGAAGGACGCGGCGGAUCAGAACUUCGACUACAUGUUCAAGCUGCUCAUCAUAGGAAACAGUUCCGUAGGAAAAACGAGCUUCUUGUUCCGUUACGCGGACGACUCGUUCACUUCAGCCUUCGUGUCCACCGUCGGCAUAGACUUCAAGGUGAAGACAGUGUUCCGUCACGAUAAGCGCGUAAAACUACAGAUAUGGGACACUGCUGGACAGGAGCGCUACCGCACUAUCACCACUGCAUAUUAUAGAGGCGCUAUGGGCUUCAUCCUAAUGUACGACAUCACCAACGAAGAGAGCUUCAACAGCGUGCAAGAUUGGGUGACACAGAUUAAGACGUAUUCAUGGGACAAUGCGCAAGUGAUCCUCGUGGGUAAUAAGUGCGAUAUGGAGGAGGAACGUGUGGUCAGCACUGAGCGUGGCAUGCAACUCGCUGAACAACUGGGCGUCGAGUUCUACGAGACUAGUGCUAAGGAGAACAUAUACGUUAAGGCUGUGUUCGAGCGGCUGGUGGAUAUCAUUUGCGAUAAAAUGUCAGAGAGCCUGGAUUCCGAACCAGCCAUGCUGGCGGGCGGGGCUCGUGGCCAGCGUCUCACAGAGCAGCCACAGGGCAACUCCACCACCAACUGUAACUGUUAA